UAUGGCCCUGUGUGCCGGCGGCGCGGUGGGGCGCGGGCGGCGGUGGGCAGCGUGACUCCGCCGGGGGGCGGCCGCGCUGCAUGGGGGCGGGAGCCGGCCGCCAUGGAGGGGGUGCUGUACAAGUGGACCAACUACCUGAGUGGCUGGCAGCCUAGAUGGUUUCUUCUCUGUGGUGGCAUCCUGUCCUAUUAUGACUCUCAGGAAGAUGCGUGGAAGGGUUGUAAAGGAAGCAUCCAAAUGGCCGUGUGUGAAAUCCAAGUUCAUCCUGCAGAUAACACACGAAUGGACCUGAUCAUCCCAGGGGAACAAUACUUCUAUCUGAAGGCAAGAAAUGCAGUAGAAAGACAAAAGUGGUUGGUUGCACUAGGAACUGCCAAAGCCUGUCUGACUGACAGCAGAACACAGAAGGAGAAAGAGUUCACUGAAAACACAGAAGCCUUGAAGACCAAAAUGUCUGAACUCAGACUGUACUGUAACCUCCUUGUUCAGCAGGUGCAUAAAACAAAGGAAGCUAGCAUUUCUGGCGUAUCAGAACCAGAGAGUGAGAUUGACAUGGGAGCUCUGUUAAAAUCAACCUGUGACACCUUCCUGAAGACUCUUGAAGAAUGUAUGCAGAUUGCAAAUACUGCCUUCACUUCUGAGUUACUGCAUCAGACCCCACCAGGAUCCCCACAUUUAGCAGUUCUCAGAACGAACAAGAUAAAGCACUCUGUUUUGUCCGGUCACACCCCAAUGGAAAGGCAGAUGGAAUUGAACCCCUGUGAAAAUGGCUCUGUAAAAGUAGAAAUUAACCAUCAAGAGCAAACCCUUAUUAAAAGUCUGGAAUGUUUAAACCUGGAAACAAAUGAAGGAAGUAGGGAUGUUUCUAUUGACAAUCACAUAGCAGAGGAUUUGGCAGGCAUUAAAGAAGAUGGAGAGAGCAAGCUGCAAGCGGUAGAAAGCUCUGGUGCCCACAAGUUGCUGCAGUUGGAAAUGAAUUCUUUAAGUGGAUUGACUCUGUGUGAGGAAGACAGAAAUGACAAUGAUUCUCCUACCUUCUUCAGCGUCAUGAGCAAUAGGUUCAGUGAUAUUGAACUUCGUGAGGAGGAGGGCAUUCCAACAGAGGAGUUUCUGGAGUCAUGUUACGCAAUUGUGCCUGUUCUUGACAAGUUGGGGCCAACUGUUUUUGCUCCUGUUAAAAUGGAUUUUGUAGGUAACAUCAAGAAAAUAAACCAGAAAUUUAUAACCAACAAAGAAGAAUUUGAUACUCUUCAGAAGAUAGUGCUGCAUGAAGUGAAUGCAGGUGUAGCACAAGUUAGAAAUUCUGCUACGGAGGCUCUCCUGUGGCUGAAAAGAGGCUUAAAGUUCUUGAAAGGGUUUUUGACAGAAGUGAAGAAUGGGGAAAAGAAUAUCCAAACAGCUCUGAACAAUGCUUAUGGAAAGACAUUACGACAACACCAUGGUUGGGUUGUCCGCGGGGUCUUUGCAUUAGCUUUAAGGGCAGCUCCAACUUACGAAGACUUUGUGGCAGCUCUGUCUGUAGAGGACUGUGAUCCUCAGGAAGAAACAUUUUACAAAGGAAUGCAGAGGGACCUCAAUAUUUACUUACCAGCCAUGGAAAAGCAGCUAAAUAUCUUGGACACUCUCUAUGAAGUACAUGGUUUGGAGUCAGAUGAGGUGGUAUGACUACAGCAAGACCAUGUCUUAAAACUUCAGGGACUGUGUCUGUUAACAAAGAUUUCUUUCAUUUGAUUUAUUUUUGGACAUCCUUUCUGUUCAUUGUGUCUUUUCACAUGGGAAGGGUGUUGUGUUUUGUGGGAAGGGUGUGUGUGAUUUUUACUUUUUUGUUACACUUGGAUUGUGUUUAAAUGCAGAGGUACUGUUUCUCUUUGGGUCAUAACUAUGUCCAUGAUGAAUGUUUUUGAUUGUUUCUCUCCUGCCUGUGUGCUUCCUUUUCUCUUCACCUCAUCAGAUUAACAGAGCAGAAUUUGGCCUUUGCUCCCUUAGAAGAGAGCUGCGUGUGCAGUGGAGCAUUGGGAUGUCAACACGGUGCCCAUGCAGGCACUGCUGGCUGUAGCUUUCCCAUGCUCUGUGCCCACUCCCUGUGACUGUGUAGGACAGAGGCAGAGAGUUAUAGUUAGCAUGGUAGUAAAAGGGCACCUGAAUAACAGCCUAUAAGGUAUGUGGUGAGUUUGUCCCUUAAUUUAGGUUGCAGCUUUUUAAUGCAGCAUCUCCUCAGCUAUUAGAGAGAUCUUCACCACAGGUGUAUGUGGCUGGUGGUCUGAGCUUCCCCGGAAGCCAGCCUUUGAAACUGGGUGUCAUGUUCCCUGGCCAGCUCCCAGUAUGUGUUAUGGUCUCCCUGUCAGCUCCUGCCAGUGGUCCACAAGAAAUUUGCUGGCACAGAUGGGCAAAGCCCAGCUAAUUUCAACAGUGCUUCACACAAGGAAUUGAAGAUCAUGUUCAUCAUUCUGGUUUAUUAAAGUUUUGGUGGUUUUUUUCUAUUUUGGGUUUAGGAUUUUCUUAAAUUCACACACAAAAAAAUAUUUGCUUUUAAAUUUAAUACAGCUGGUAGUUUAAGAGGCAGAUUUUAUUAAAAUCCUUCCUAAACUGCCAUUAUGGGCAGACUUCAUGAAAGCAGAUAUUAAAUGAGUAAAGCAUAGGGGAAGCUAGAAUUUGUCAUGGAGCUGUUACACUGUUACUGGGACAGUUACAAACCUAAAAACCUGAAAUGACAUAUAAGUGACUAGAAAUUAAAAAUGUAAGAUUUGCCUUUUUUCCCAUUUUGCUGAUGCAGAUAAAAAUGUGCCCCUUAACACUGCUGCUAUUAAAAACAACAAGGGAGUUCAUUUACCUAGUGAUCUGGAAUGGACAAAAUUCCUAGUUGUAUUGAUGACUAGAAGGUUGCCUGUGAAUUACUGACUGGCCAUUCAAAGCAUAAGGAGGACUUUCAGUGGUGACCUAGGGCUUCACAUGGCUUUGUGCAAACAGUUGAGUUUUAACUCAUAUGCAGGAGAGAAGGCUGUGCUAGUAAGGUACUUGUAAUAAGUAAGUCUUCAUAAAUAUAGAAGUCAGUGUCGCCAUACAGGAGAAGUACUGGCUUUUCUAGGCUAAAAACCAUGUUGUCAGUAAAAUGAAUGUACUGCAGACCUGCUGCCCUGCAUUGCUCUGCAAUGGGAGCCUCUCUGCACAUUGAAUACUUGAUCCUUUUCAAAGAGCCUAGCAUUGUGAGCUUUAAGGAAAGCAUGUGAUGCUUGAAGAAAAGACCAAACCUCACACUUGCUGUAUAAAGCAAGAUACCAGGGCUUUAAUUAGGCAUUUGAACAGUGCAAUUUCCUUGUUCCUGUCAUCUUCUCCGAGUUGUGCCUAUCUGUAGUUCCAGCGUACUCCAAAAGGAAUCAGAAGGAUGUGGAGUUUUUAGUCUUUUGGAUUUUCUUAAUUUUAAUAGUAUAUAUUUAUGUCUGAGUACAAAGUUAAAUUGACCAAAGCUCCAUUCAAUUAUUUCACUUCUUGCAGUACUGAAAGUGAGGUAGAAGUUCAGCUGCCUGCUGCUCCUAAGCAUGAAUGCAAAGAAAUUACUUGUGGAGUAGAGCAACUAACUCUCUACCUAGCAUGGUUUCCUUAAGGUUUUCAGCUGUUACGUGGAAAACUUUGCUGUAAUAGUUUUUAGCUGAAUGCUUUGGAAAGGUAAUGGAAACCAUAAUUCCACAAAAUAUCGGCUGGAUGAGAUCUGUCUUCUCUAGAAAUUACCUGUCAGAUCAUGACAAAAAUUGAGUUCCCUUUUUGCUCUAAGCUUUUCCAGUAGCAGGGAAGUGUAUUCAGCACUUAAAGUCUUGGAGGUAUGUUUGGGUUUUCUGUUUUCAAUUGGUUGGUUUUGUUUUGGUUUUUGAUUUGUUUGGUUUGUUGUUUUUUUUAACUAGCUGGAGAAACACUGGUUUGUUAGUAGUGUGUUAUACCCAGUAUUUGAUGCAAAGAGUCAGGAGGCUUUAUUUCAUAGGCAGAGAGCUUUACAGCUUCAUUGGUUCAUUAGCUUCAGCAAUUACUAAUUCCUACCAUUCUUCUUUCUUCUAACAAAUUGAGAGUGGUCCACAAUGCAUAUUCUCUGAUCAGCAUGACACCCUGCCUCAGAGCAGGCUUCCUUGUCUUGCUCUCCUAUGUAAAGUUGGUCUUUCUGAACUCUAGAAAUGGUGCUUGAGAAUGUUUUUAGGAAACAAUGGCUUCAGGAGGCUCCUGUGUGUUGUUAAUGGGGGCCUUCUCUUGUAGAGAUGGAAUUGAGCAAAGUCUCCUUGCCUUCAAAACUUGUACUUCACCAUGCACUUCUCUUGUGGGGUGUUGAGCACUUCUAAGACUCACAAAUGCUAUCUUUCCAGUCAGAGCACCACUGAGAAAGAAACUCAUGCACAGUGUUGUAGAGCUGAACCCCAGGUUAUACCCCUAAGGAUGCAGUAGACAGAUGACCAAGAGGAAGCAUAUACACUACUGCACAAUUCUUUUCUUGUGAUGCCAGUUUGGCAAACAGGAUUGCUUUUGAUUUUAAUGAUCAUAGAGAACAAGCAACUGACUUCUGGACUUCAGAUUUAGGAAGGGAGAGAGGGCUGCUGUUUUCUGUUUGAUUUGUUUGGUUUGUUCAUUUGUUAGGGCUGUUCUGAGUUUUUUUUAAUGGCUGACAUUUACGAACAGCUAACCCGCACAUUGAUACAAGUCCACAUGAUCCCCAGAUAACAGCACCCUUGCUCUGUAUACUUUACAUGAACAGCUUUAGUUUCUUAUACUGCACUAGUCUAAAGUUUUGCAUCCCUUUCCUUAGAAAUGCUUUCGGCUGUUUCCUGCAAUGUCUAACAGUUGCAUAUUCUCAGGGAUUUUACUUAGCCAUGGCAAAAUAAGAGUAAUCACAGCCUUACCCUAGUGGAGUAAGGCUGCUGUUUGUCAAAUUAGUAUAGCUGAGCAUAGAACUCUGAUACAGCAUAUGACACUGGCAGUGUCUAUCCAGUGCACAUCCUUGCUGAGACAUGGUAAAUCCCAAAGCAAUCUGAUAGAAGUGCUAUCUAGUACUGAAUAAUGGCAGUCAGCAUAUUUGAAUAGAGAUCAUACAAGCAUCUUUGUAAUAUAGUGCCGUUGGCAUUAGAGCAGGGCUCUCAAAUAAUUUCAGUCGAGUUCUGCUUAGCAAUGGGAGGCUGUUAUUUAUUUUAUUUAUUGUUGAGGGGUUUGUUGUUUUUGUUUUUUUGGGAUUUUUUUGCUUGGUUGUUUGGGGUUUUUUUUAAACUAUGUUCUGCAGCCUCCUCUGCUAUGUUAAGACCCCAUACUCAGUUGCAUAUUGAUGUACAGUGACUUUACAAUUGUAUAAUAUGAACUGGAUACUCAAAUGCUUUAGUGUAAACUUAAGGAAUCUUUGAAACAUCCCAUCUUGACACUGUUGUAAUAUGGCUCUCCCUUUAACAGAUGCACUUAACUUUUAAGGGCCAUAUACCUUCACUUACAAGCUGUUUGUAAAGAUAAUUUAGGUUACAGCUGCUUGGUUUUAAAAUGUUCCAUAGUUUGAAAAGUGUUACUUUGUUGGCUGGAUGUAUAAAAAGUAUGCCCAAAAUUGCUCCAGUUGUUCACAGGGUGCUUUGGCCAAGGGGUGUGGACCAUUAUAGAAAACAGUAUUACCCAUGUUCAUGUGCUGGACCUAACCUUUUCUUUUCAUUAUCACUUUUUAUUAUCACUUCAGCUGUUGUGAAAAAAGUUAGGGAACCUUAAAGUGUGUUUUGGACCCCAGAUAAGUUUGUUAGCAUGUUCCUCCCUGACUGUAUUUCCCUCUUACCCCACCUGGUCCCCAUCCCUUCCUUUCUUUCUGCUAUCAUCUGUCAGGUCUUCCAUUGUUGCUGUCAUGUCAAAGCAUCUCUCCAUAAGAACACAAGUAGGAAAUUUUAAGUGGUAGAAGUGUAAAUGCGGAAAAUAGGACCUCAGUUUUUUGGCAGGCAACCACACAUACAGUCAGAUGGAGAAUGUGUUGCUUUUGUUUGCAGUUUCACCUUGGUUUGAUAUAUUUUGCUGGAAAGACCACACCACUUGGAAUGUUUAAUUGCACUGCUGAAAUUUAAAUUGGGACACUUCAGACUUGGCAGCUCUACCUCUUGUGAGUGAAAGCACAGGGAUUGUUUUUGUUUUUCAUUGACUUCUCUUCUCUUGCCUGCAUAGUAUAGAUAAAACAAAAAGAGAAGGGGGCUGGGAAUAACUGAAUUCAUGCCAUGCUGCUACCUUCUGUAGCCUCUUUGUGAACAAACCCUGCAAACUACUGCAUGCUCUAAGCAAUAUAAAAUCACCCAUGUGCAGAAGAGGUAUCAUAGCGCGCUUACUGGCUCUGAGCAAGCCCAGGCGGUAGCUGAUCCUGCUCAUGGUUCACACACGGAUUUAAGCAUUUACUUUGAAGUUAGAACAUAGGCAUAUGCGUCACUUAAACACUCAUGCACCCUCCCACCGGCAUGCAGUUCUUCAAAAUGUGAUCUUUGACUGUCAUUUUUAACACCCUUUUCUUGAUAUAGGAUUUCUCCCCCCACAUACUCCAGAUGUGAUGGAGGUGGAUUUUAUACGUGUGUGUGUGUGUGUGUGUGUGUAUGACACUUCCUUGUUUUCAUAUCCUGAUUUCUGCUUAACACUGUUAUUUUUCAUUUUCAUUGCAGCAUUCAGGGGGUCCAAAACUUACUUUAUUUAAAACCAUUGUGAAAGUUUGAGAUUUAUAUCUACUUGAAACCUGACAAGUAAAUAGCAUUCCAGAAUAUGGUGACUAAACUGAAAACCAAAGCAGCUUGCUUUUGUGUUUUCCUUUUCUAUUUUCUUUUUUCAAGCCAAUUUUGGGCAUACGUUUUACCAAUGUCAAGCUGAGCUUAUGGAAAGCCUUACUUAUACAUACUAAAAUACAUUACAUGCACACUGAAAUACAUUUAAAGAUAAAGAGAAGGUAUAUUGCCUCACACUUUAAAUUUACCUAAUUCUAAGGGCUUGUUCAUGCCCCCAAAAUCACCUGUUCCAGUGUAAGCUUUGCACAAGUUGUUGCUUUCAUAAGCUGUUAUGUCCAAGAUACUUUGGAGUUUCCAGUCCACAUCAUCUCUCAAAUCAUACAGCAUCUGUCUCCUGGAAUAUUGUUAAGACCUUUGUCUGACUUUUAUAUCAUUUCAUUAUAAUAAACUUAUUUUAAAUAAGCAUGUUUUAAAAUCUUGCUUUCUCCUUGCAUGGAUUUUGUUUCUUUUAUUGCAUUAGGGGGCCUAAAGUGCUCUUCAGGACUGCAUCUGUUCUAGGUACUGUGUGAGCAGUCGAAACCAGUAUGUUUCUGGUUCACAGAAACUACCUGUAUGUAUCUUUGUAUGAAGAAUGUUAACAAACAUGGAGCCUGUUUAGAUUAUGAGAAUAAAAGCUGUUUCUGGCA